CGACGCCGCGUCGUUUCAAUUUUGCAACCAACCCACGCCGCCCAGCAACCCGAAAAACAAAAUCUGAAGUACCACGACUGAUGAGAUCUGCAUCAAGUCUUCUUCUUCAUCGUAUCUUCCCGCGGAAGUUUUCCGGUCAAACAUCCUACGUAACGCCUGCCACCACCUCAUCCUCUCAUCCUCUCUUCAUCUCUAUGUGCUCCUGACUGCAUAUUGCUUAGCAUCGUUCUCAUCCCGAUCCACUCGAGUGUUUGAUGAAAAAUGACAACCAUGAAGAGGAUAUAGAGGACAUGAACUCUGACUCAGUUAAGUCGAACAGUAGAAAACGUUCCUCACCUGAAGAUUGUGAGGUUCGGGAGGCUGCUGUAGAAGUAGAAUUGCAGCCUUCGUGUGUUGGAAUUUCGGGGACGCACUCACAAGCAGAUGAUAGAUUAGCAGAACCAGGAUCUUGGAUAAAAAAUAAAUCAAGAUUUAGGAAAACGAUGCAGAAUUCCUUUGAAAAUGCUCCAAAGCUACCGGAGGAAAUUGGCUCCUCCAGCACAGGUCAAAUGAAUAUUCUUUCCACUGCUUUUAUACCAGAUGUAGGAAAUAGCACAGAUAAUCUCAUUUCAUUGCACGCAGUAGAAGCUAAUAGUGUUUCUGUUGCCUUGGAGAAUAAUGGUUAUGCUCAUAACCAGCCUGAAAAUGGUGGUUCUAGUACCAAGGGUAUUGAUAUUGUAUCAAAUCUAGAAUCAGAUGUAAGAGAUGGUGAAGAAAAAUCUCUGUCCACACAUGCAGAAAAAACAGAAGAAAGUUCUCUUGCUAUUACUAAGAAAGAAGAUAGCGGAUCUAUAACUUUAAAGUCCUCAAUUGCAAGACCUCCUGUCAGUAAUUUAAAGAAAAAACUUCUUGUUCUUGAUUUGAAUGGACUUCUCGUUGAUAUAGUUUUUCCUGCUCCAAAGGAUUAUACUGCAGACACAAACAUCUCAGGGAAGGCAGUUUUUAAGAGACCCUUCUGUGAUGAUUUUAUAAGUUUCUGCUUUGAGAGAUUUGAAGUCGGUGUCUGGUCCUCAAGAACUAGGAAAAAUGUGGACAGGGUGAUUGAUUUUUUGCUUGGUGAUAUGAAACAGAAGUUGUUAUUUUGUUGGGAUUCGUCCUACUGCACUGCAACACAGUUUAAAACUCUUGAGAACCAACGUAAGCCCUUGGUCUUUAAGGAGCUGAGGAAACUGUGGGAUAAACAUGAUGCUGAUCUUCCAUGGGAGAAGGGAUUUUAUAACGAAUCAAAUACAUUGUUGUUGGAUGAUACUCCUUAUAAGGCAUUGCUUAAUCCACCACAUACUGCAAUCUUCCCUUAUUCAUACAAGUUUCAGGAUGGGAAUGAUAAUUCAUUGGGUUCAGGAGGUGAUCUCAGAGUUUAUCUGGAAGGUUUGGCUGCAGCUGAAGACAUACGAACAUUUGUAGAACAAAACCCUUUUGGCCAGACACCUAUCACUGAAAGUAAUGAUUCUUGGAGCUUCUACCUCCAGGUUAUGAGCACGCAUGUACCGUCUGAAGUCCAAGUUAACUCAGAUCUCCCAGCUUAGUAUUUUCCUUGUGAUUCUGUUGGCUAAAUAUAAAGUUGCUUAUUUUAGCUUCGAUACUAUAUCAUACUCUCAUAAUCUCAUUGAAUAUAGCUGGUUAGCGAUAAACCUCUUUAUUUUCAAUGAACUUGUGGUCGGAUGCAACAGCAAGGGUAAGCUGCUGGCUGGAAACAUAGCCUGUUGAUGUUCUGAAGAAACCCCACUCAAAUUGGGAAAUUAUUUGUUGUAAUUUUCUAGGAAAAUAGAUUUCUAAUUCUUCAUAGAUGAUGAUUGGAAAAGUUUUCAUUGGGUAUAGGGUAUCUGACAUUUUGGAAAACUAGAAGGAAUGUUUUGUUGUUUAUUUUUUUAUAAUCUCAGCUGCCUAUAAUUGUUUUAUUUCAGGUCAAUCAACCUGUGUUAAACUUGAGAUUAGCAAAGGUAUGUAAUGACAGUUUCAUGCUUCGAGUCAUAAAAUUAUUGAACCCUUAAAUACAUACAAUCUCAGCAGAAUGUUUUUUUGUCUUUUGGAUAAUGAUCAACAAAGUUUGAUCUUUGUUAUUACAAUUUGUUUGGUAUGAUAAGAUGGCUGUUAAGAUUGCUUUAAAGUUACUUCCUGUUAAGAAAGGCAGUUAUUAGCACAUAUAUCUUGCUACCAUGUCUAACGUUAUAACUGUGUUUUACCCAUUUUGCUGUUGAUUGUACUACAAAGCAAGUGAUCAAAUAAAGUUGACGUUUCAAU